GGAUACGCUCUUAUUAUUUAAAAUUCUUUCUAUUAUCAGAACUAGGUAGAUGCAAACACCCCUACUAUUCCGCAAAACGAUCCAAAUAACCCAGCCUUGGAGAAGACAGCAGGAGAGAAGUUGAGAGCUUAAUUUCCUAAUUUGGAAUUGUUUCCUGCCAAUUCUUGUGUGCUCCUAUCCUCCAUUUGACGCUAGUGCUUUCACAAAAAAAGAACCGGCACGAGUGACAAGAGCUACUUCAAAAGUCUCAAACGCAAUAAUACUUUCGACCUUCCUUCUAUCUUCAUCCUUUUCAACACUUUUCAUCGUUUCUCCAAUUCAUAUUCAAUUCCUUCGACUUUUCAAGAAUUAAACUCUUGCCUUGACGAGUUGCUGCUGUUUCUGCUGCUGCUGCUGCUGCCUCUAUUCCUGCAAUCCUAUUCUUGUCAUUUCAUUCCUUCUCUUCUUACGCUCUUUAAUUCGCAUCUUCCAUGUACAUUUUCUGAAUUUAGAUUGCACAUCAUCGUGCUUUUGUUUCUCAAAUCAACUCACUCACUCGCUCGCUCACUAUGUCUUCACUCAUUCAACCAUAUGUCGACCUUGCCUUGAGGCAACUCGAAAUUUACAAGGACCAAUUGAUCCAACAAAUCCCAGUCAUCUCUACGACCACAUAUGUCCUAACGAUUCUGGCAAUCUGUAUCCCCCCUAUUGUCCUCUUGGUCUUCUACGAAAUCGAACAAUCGCGACAACGCGCCGAACAGCCUAAAGGUUGUAGAAAACUUGGAUUGAAAAUCGACAGCAAUCUUACCAAUGAAUUCGAUCCCAAAUUCUCCGUGGGACGUCCUCCCAGUACUGAGGAAACAUCUGCAGAAUGGUGGAGAUUGAAGAGUAUGUGGAUCUAUCCAGUCAAGAGUUGUAAAGGGGUUGAGUUGGGUAGAGGAACCAUUAUUGCAAGCGGAAUGGAAUACGAUCGUCAAUUUACCUUUGCACAAUUGAAAAGUCCAUUUCCCGUCGCAGAGAACGAUCCAAAUUCACAAAAGGCAGCUCACAAAUGGGAAUUUAUUACUCAACGACAAUUUCCAUUGUUGGCGAAAGUUAGGACCGAAAUGUGGGUUCCAGAUCAAAGCGUGGAUACAUAUGCUCCUCAUAUCGAUGAUGUUGAGAGUGGAGGAGUUAUAAUCAUGAGUUUCCCAUAUCAAGAACCUGGAUGGAGAGGAACAGUUGCAAGUUGGGGUGCCAAAGUUAUGGGAACCGUUCCUGAAAAACAAUUCCGUGUGCCAUUCGAUCCUUCGCCAGUCCAAAUUGAAAAAGCAGGUUAUACUGUUGAGAAGAUGACCAUCUGGAGGGAAACGGUUGAUGCUUUGAAUGUGGAAAUUGAGAUUCCAGAAGAACUCAGAUAUUACCUUGGUAUCAGCAAUAAGUUGGGUUUGUUCAGAGUUGAUAGCGCAAAGCCGAGAGAAGUUUUCAGAAAUGCGCCUUCAAAGGAAGAACUUGGGUAUCAACCAGUUACUGGAUUUCAAGACGCUUAUCCUAUCCACAUGAUCAAUCUUGCUAGUAUUCGUGAUGUUGAGAGUAAAAUGCCAAAGGUUAAGGGGGCUCCAAGAUUAUCCGCAGGACAAUUCCGUGCCAAUUUAAUCAUUACCGGACCUCCAGCUUACCACGAAGACGAUUGGCGACGAAUUAAAAUUGGGUUUUACGAAUACGAUGUUUCUUGUCGUACAGUAAGAUGCAAAAUGCCAAAUGUAAAUCAAGAAACUGGAGUUAGACAUCCAUCCGAACCCGAUAAAACUUUACGAACCUUCAGAGCUAUUGAUGAAGGAGCCGGAAAGAAUUUAGGAUGUUUGGGUAUGCAAUUAGUACCUACUACUAAAGAUGGAGCACUGCGGGUUGGAGAUGAAAUUACGGUGUUGGAAGUUGGUGAACAUCAUUAUCAAAAAUUAUUCCCGGAAUUGAAUAAUUGAUUGCUAGGCGAACAUUCUUGUAUUGUGUUGUCUGUGUAUCAAGAGAGUACAGGAGUAAUGGACAUAUAAAAUAUGGAAUGGUAGCAAGGAGUUUGGGAUUGAUCGGUCGGCUGGAUGGAUGGCUGACUGAAUUACUUUACAUAUAAAUACUUUUUUUCUCUUCA